AUGUUUUACAUUGUUGUUCUUCUUUCUCUUGCCACUUCUACCAUUGAAGGCAACUCACUCUCUUUGUCAUUGUCAAAUUCAAAGUCAAAGGCCAAUAAUUACAAAACCUUCGUUCAAGUAUUACGCCAUUCCAUCAUUGAAAACACUUCUCAAUUAUAUGGUAUACCUAUUUUGAAAACCUCAUUCCCUCCUUCUCAACGUUUCUUCACUUUUUCCCUCGCCAAUGUAAUUGACGAAACUAUCACUCUUGCAUUAGACAAAGUGAAUCUUGAAGUUGUAGGAUAUCUUUCAAACAACACUUCCUAUAUGUUUCUCGAUGCCCCGAUUGAAGCUUUCCAAGUCGUCUUCCCUUCGACUUGUCGAGUCAUAAUUGAUUUCUAUAGCGACUAUAAAUCUAUUGAAAUUGCAGCUAAUACUACUAGAUUUGAAACUCUUCUUGGAUUUGAUCCUAUUGAUGUAGCCAUCUCCACCUUAUUUCACUAUCGCCAAGAUUCUGUUCCUAAUGCAUUUCUUGUUAUCCUUCAAAUGGUAAUAGAAGGAAUGAAAUUCAAGUUCAUUGAGCAAAGUGUUUUCAUGAACAUAAAGUAUGGUUACAAUUUCAAACCUAGUCUUGCAUUUGUUAGCUUACAAGACAAUUGGGUCAAACUUUCUUCACAAAUCCAAGUAUCUCCAUCAUUACAAGGAAUAUUUGGAGAAGUUAUUCAGCUUUAUGAUUCAAAUGAUAAAAUCAUUCAAGUAGAUGCCAUUGAUUAUCCAAUCAUAAUCCCUAAUAUUGCCAUGCAAUUACAUCAUCAUUGCAAUGUUAGUAAAAAAAUCAUAAAGAUGACGGUCCAAAAUGAUCCAUGCAAUGUACAAUCACGCACUACACAUAUUAUUGGGAGAGCAGGACUUUGUGUUGAUGUUGAAAAUAGACUUUCUAAUGAUGGAAGUCCUCUCAUUUUGUACCCAUGUAGACAACAAAUGAAUCAACGUUGGACAUUUCAAAGAGAUGGGACAAUUCAGUCAUUAGGAAAGUGUUUAACCUUUAAUGACACUAAUUUUGUUCUUAUUUAUGAUUGCAGUAAAGUUGAACCAAGUGUCAUUAAAUGGAAAGUUUCAGUAGAUGGGACAAUCAGCAAUCCUAGCUCUGGCCUUGUCUUGACAGCAAAUUCACCCGCAAGAACCACCAAAUUGAAAAUGGAAGCCAAUCAACAAACUAUUGGCCAAUGUUGGAGAGUUGGAAAUUACAUAAAUCCAAUUGUAGGUUCUAUUAUAGGAUUGGAUGGGGUUUGUUUAGUGGCAACAAAUAAUAAUACAAACAUUGAGUUGGAUGAUUGUGCGAAGAACAAGAGUGAACAAUAUUGGGCUCUUUAUGGUGAUGGAACAAUAAGAGUAAACAGCAGUCGCAAUUUAUGUGUGUCGUUGACAUCGUCGGACUGCACGCCAGGUAGGAUUAUUACAGUUCUUAUGUGCAAUGGAUCAUCAAGCCAACGAUGGAACUUCCAAGCUGAUGGCUCAAUCAUAAACCCUAAAUGUGGGAUGGCGAUUGAUGUUGACACACGUUGGUAUGAUAUUAUUUUGUAUCCUAAAACAGGUGAGUAUACUCAGCAAUGGAGCUUAUUUUAUUAA